UACGAUAGUUAAAUAAUUGUAUUUUUGAUUUACCGUCUUAUUUGCAAACUAUUCUGUUUAUUUUAACGUUAAAUAUAACAAGUAAGUGAACUUCAACAUUGACAAAUGGACAGAAAUGCAUUUGGUAAAAAAACUAGUGGAUUGCAACGGCCUCGCGUUGAUCGUUUCGUGGCGCCGCGCGAGUCCUUCGAUGAGCUGCGCCGGCGGCAGCACGUCUUCGCCCGCAAGCAACAUUCUGAAAGCAUUUGGCAUGGCAAAUACGUGAAACAGAAACAGUACGCGAGCCACAUCGACAAAGCCUUCGGGCUAGAAGCACCAGCACCUUCACAGCCAGAGCAAACCUGGCCCUGCGUGCCGCGCACCCGCACAUUUCUAUCUUCAGCUGAUAACGUCCUGGAUCUACCAACUUACAGCUCCGCUGUAUUUCCAGAACUCCUCGACUGGAGCAACGACAACAUCCUGGUGGCAGCACUGGGCAACAAAUACUACAAGUGGAGCUGGCAUUCACAGAGCCCUAUAGGCAAAGGCUUCACCCUUUUUAGCACCGCAUGCUGCAGGUUUGACCCUACAGGGGAAAGGCUAGCACUAGGAACCGACAUGCAGCGCAUAGAAGUCCACAACGCGUGGAGCAAGUGGGUAGCCGGUAGUUGGUGCCGCUGCGCCACCAAGCCGCUGCAGCCCUUCUGUCUGGUCACCGCCGUGGACUGGAGCCCCACGGGGAACUCUAUCGUCACUGGCUGUUCUCGAGGAAUGAUCACCGCUUUCGACCGCGACGCCAGGCUCAUCAGCUACCGGCAAGCCACCAACUUCGCCAUCUUUCUAGUGCGGGUGUCCCCGGACGCGCGCUACGUGGCCGCGGCCGCCGUCAACAGCUCACAGGUGCUGGUGAUGUUGUGGCCGUCUCUGGUAGAAUCCAGGGCUAUCAGUUCCGACUGGAUGGUAAAGACUAUAGCCUGGCACCCAUGGCGCAGCGCUCUCCUCGGCAUCGGCGGAGUCACGGAGACCAAAUCCUGGAUAGCCCUCUGGGAUGCCCCGCGAGCCACCCUGCGCGCUACCACUACCGUCAGCAGUAGCGACUAUAGCCUGGACACCAUGUUAUUCAGCCAUCGGACUGGGGAACUGGUACUCAGUCUCUGGAACACAGAGCAAAUGGGCUACCCUAAAGCGUGCUCUCAGCUGGUGGUGAUGAGCGGACCAGACUCGGUGGUGGACCAGUGGGGGGAGGGCAGAUACGGCGUAGACCGCGUCAGGACCAUGGUCUUCAGCCCUGAUGGCACUAAGCUUGCGACAGCCACAGCAGACGAAGACCUAAUAAUCUGGAAUUUCCUGCCUCCAGACAACAAACCAAGCAGAAAGACGAAACGGAGAAGAUUCUCCGCCAUCCCCACAUACAUCGACCAGAGCUUACAUGGCUUCUCCGUUCGAUGAUAUUUAGUUUACAGUGUAAUAGAUUAGAUUAGAUAUAUUUAUUUCUUAAAGAAAAAGACACAGUAUUUUACAAAAAAGGAUAAACUAUUUUUCACCUAAAGAGCGUCAACAUAGUCAUAGUCAUUCUAGAUAAUUUUUAACCCUCAGGAACUUCUCUAUAGUAAACGGUUUGUAUCAAUUUAAUUUCAUAUUUCAGGGAAUUUCUUCUAAGUACCUAAAUAUGAAAGUGUAACAAUUAAAUAUUAAUUUCAGUAACGAUCAAUAAGAGCAUUGAAAAGAACAUAACAGCAAUAUACAAUACAACAUACUUGUACAUACUUAUAUUUUAAUUGGCAGGGUUUAGUCUGGGACAAAAAUUUCUACUAAAAUAUUAAUUUUUGACUGUAUCUAUGAUAUAUUAUUAAUUCUACGCAUGUCUCAUUAUUAUAUUCUUUGAUAGAAUUUUUGAAAAUGUAAUUAUGUUAAUUAAAUAUGAUUUUAUCUUUGUUGAUGAUAAUGAAAUACACUUUAUGAA